GUCGGCCCGAUGGAGGAGGAGGAGGAGGAAGCGAGGGCGUCGCUGCCUGGCGGCGCCAACGAGGCCGGCAGAGGCGCCCCCGUUACACCCCCUGCCCCCGGGGCGCUGCCGGCCCUCUGUGACACCAGUCGCCUGGCGCACCGGCUCUUGGCACAGUUGCUGAUAUGCUUCCUUGGUUUCGGCGGCUAUUUUUGCUAUGAUAAUCCUGCUGCCCUUCAGACUCAGGUUAAACGGGAUAUGCAGGUGAGUACCACGAAAUUCAUGCUGCUGUAUGCCUGGUAUUCUUGGCCCAAUGUAGUUUUGUGUUUCUCUGGUGGCUUUUUGGUAGACCGCGUAUUUGGAAUACGAUGGGGCACCAUUAUUUUUAGUUGCUUUGUUUGCGUUGGACAGGUUGUUUUUGCUCUGGGUGGAAUAUUUCGUGCUUUUUGGCUGAUGGAAUUUGGAAAGUUUGUGUUUGGGAUUGGUGGGGAGUCCUUAGCAGUUGCCCAGAAUACAUAUGCUGUGAGUUGGUUUAAAGGCAAAGAAUUCAACUUGGUGUUUGGACUCCAGCUUAGCAUGGCUAGAAUUGGAAGUACAGUAAACAUGAACCUCAUGGGGUGGCUGUAUUCUAAGGUUGAAGCUUCGUUGGGUUCUGCUGGUCACACAACCCUUGGGGUCACACUUACGAUCGGGGGUAUAACAUGUCUUCUUUCACUAGUCUGUGCCUUGGCCCUUGCUUACUUGGAUCAGAGAGCAGAACGAAUCCUUCGUAAAGAGCAAGGAAAAACGGGUGAAGUUAUCAAGUUAACUGAUGUGAAGGACCUCUCCUUCCCCCUGUGGCUCAUAUUCAUCAUCUGUGUCGGCUGUUAUGUUGCUGUGUUCCCGUUCAUUGGACUUGGGAAAGUUUUCUUUACAGAGAAAUUUGGAUUUUCCUCCCAGGCAGCGAGUGCUGUUAACAGUAUUGUAUAUGUAAUAUCAGCUCCCAUGUCCCCAAUAUUUGGGCUUCUGGUGGAUAAAACAGGAAAGAACAUCAUCUGGGUUCUGUGUGCAGUGUGGGUUGCUGUGUGUCUCCUGGGACUCUCCUACUCAUUGCUUGCCUGUGCAUUGUGGCCAAUGGUGGUGUUUGUAGUUCCCGAACAUCAACUGGGAGCUGCAUAUGGCUUCAUGCGGUCCAUUCAGAAUCUUGGGUUGGCAGUCAUUUCCAUCAUUGCUGGCAUGAUAUUGGAUACUUGGGGAUAUCUGUUUUUAGAAGUUUUCUUCAUUGCCUGUGUUUCUUUCUCACUUUUAUCUGUGGUCUUACUCCAGUGGGUGAAUCGUGGCCAAGGUGGGAACCUAAAUUAUUCUGCAAGACAAAGGGAAGAAAUAAAAAACUUUCUCAUGCAGAGUGAGAAGUUUAAAUGACUGUGUCAUGAGAAUGGGCUGCACACAUCAUUGGUUUGAAAACCUCCAAUUUUUUUUUUCUUUUAAUUUAGAGUUUAGUCGUUAGGAAAAAUAAUGGUCUGGAGAAUUAUUAUAUUUUGAAUAUAUCUAUUUUAAAGUAUAACUGUGAGGACUAUUUUAGCCUGUGUCUUUUGUAUUGCUGAAGAAUUCUGCUUUGGAAUAGGCUCAUCAAUGAUGAAGUUUAGAAAAUUGCAUCUGCUACAUGCAGGUGAUUUUGAGUAAGGACAGUAAAUAAUGGAAAUCUUUAGAUCUUGUAUUGAGAUAAUUUUCACAAAGUGUAUCUUAGGGAUAUGGCCUUUAAUCUUAAAACAAAAAAAAAAGCUUUUGAGGGAUUAGAAAGGAUAUUUUAUAUAGAAUAAACAAUAGCAUUUUAAUAGGCAUUCCCUUUUGUAAUAGGGAAUAUUUGAAAGAUAUUUUUAUGAAGUCUCAUUUCCACAAAUAGCAGAUUGUGUUCUGCUCUCUUUAGUUACCAGAGGUUGCUGAGCAGUGACCCUUUUGAGCUUCUUUAUUUCUCUGUUAAUGAGGACCCUAAUCCCUUAGGGACAUAAUUUUGUGGUACAAACUUUCUGUACGGUUUUUCUUAAUAGUCCAAUUAAUUACUAAAAAACGUCCUGUAAAUGAUGAUAAUUGCGUAUCUACAAGGUUAAAUAAAAACACUUCAAGAGGAGAAA